ACCAUUUAAGUUAUGGUGGUGGGUUUGGAUGGUAUUAACUGGAAUAGGCCUUGGUUUCACAGUAAGUGCGAGUUUGGAUGGUUUAUCUACGAUGGCCUUUAUUGGUCUCUUAGCGAUAAAAUAUCUAUGGGAUUUAUUAUGCGACUUACGCAUAUCGUCUAAACAAUAUGCCAAGCAUUUUUUAGCUAAAGCAUUAUGUUUAAUAGUUAUCCCUAUUAUUCUGUACAUAACUUUCUUUCUCAUUCAUAUUAUAAUCAUGAAAAAUGGUAGCCAUGAUGAAGUUUUCGUAAGUCCUGAGUACAUAAAAACAUUAAAUGAGCAUAGCAUGAAUGAUACGCCUAUAGAUGUUGCAUAUGGGUCUACCAUAACUCUUAGGCAUGUUAAUACAUUAGGUUACUUAAAUUCUCCUCAAGUUGCUUAUUCAAGAUCUAUGGAAGAUGAUAUUCAUCAUCAAGUUAGUUUGCUUUUGCAUAAUAGUAAUGAUGAUAAUAAUUUUUGGACUAUCAAAAAUUUUCGAUUUUCUGAAAACCUUCAUGAGCCUCAAGACCCUGAUGAACCACAUGAGCUUCAAGACCCUGAUGAACCACAUGAGCUUCAAGACCCUGAAGAACCACAUGGGCUUCAAGGCCGUGAAGAGCCACAUGAACUUCAAAAAGAAUCUCAUGAACUUCAAGACCCUGAAGAACCUCAUGAACUUCAGGACCCUGAAGAUCCUCAUGAAUUUCAAGAUCCUGAUGAAGUUUAUGAAACUGAAGAAGUUUAUGAACCUAAUGAAGUUUAUGAACCUUAUGAAGUUUAUGAACCUCAAGAACCUCAAUAUCUUAAAGAAUCUCAAGAACCUCAAUAUCUUAAAGAAUCUCAAGAACCUCAAUACCUUAAAGAACCUCAAGACCCGUCGGAUGAUGAUGAUCUUGAAUGGGUUUAUGAUGAUGCAGUAAUUCAUCUUGAACAUGUCAAGACUGGUAGGAGUUUACAUAGCAACAUGACUAAGGCACCAGUUUCAGAUGUUGAUUAUCAAUAUGAAGUUAGUGCUCGUUCAUAUGAGUCUUUUAUAGAUACUACCGAUCUUUGGCAUAUAGUAAUUGCUGAUCAUGAUAAAUCGGAUCCGGAAUCUAAAAAACGUCUUCGUGCGCUUCGUACAAAAUUUCGUCUAUAUAAUUAUGAAACUGGAUGUUAUCUUUUUUCACAUUAUAUUAAAUUGCCAUCUGGGGGUUCUAAUGAACUAGAAGUUACUUGUGCCACGAACGGUAUUUACGAAAAUUCGCUGUGGUACAUAGAAACAAAUUCUCAUUCAAAUUUACCACAAGAUACCGAAAUGGUUAGUUAUAAAAAGCUCGGACUCCUUCAGAGAUUCUUUGAACUUAAUAAAGCAAUGUGGGAAUACCGUAAUGAAAGGUAUCAUGAUAAACCACGUAACCCUUUAUCAUGGUUAUUCUUGACAAAAGGUGUUGAAUUUUGGAAAGAUGAAAUACAAGAACGUCAAAUUUAUUUACUUGGAAAUCCAUUUGUGUGGUGGUUUUCCACACUUGCCGUAUUUGGUUUUGUUGUUGCAAAAUCAAUCAUACUUUUACUAGAAAAAAGAGGAUAUACUGAUUAUUUGAGUG